AUGAUGCCUGCUAAACUGCAGCUUGACGUACUGCGGACCCUGCAGUCCAGCGCUCGUCAUGGAACGCAAACGCUGAAAAACUCCAACUUUCUCGAGCGCUUCCACAAAGACCGUAUCGUCUUUUGCCUCCCAUUCUUCCCGGCACUUUUUUUCGUCCCAGUUCAAAAAGUACUGCAGCACCUCUGUCUUCGAUUCACGCAAGUUGCUCCAUACUUUAUAAUACAACUCUUUGAUCUGCCUUCCAGACAUGCGGAAAACUUGGCUCCCUUGCUUGCCUCUUGUCGAAUCCAAUACACUAAUUGUUUCUCUUCUUCUAGUAAUGGCCAGGUACCAAGCAUAAUUUCUCUGUAUCUGAGAGUAGAUCUCUCCCCUUUUUACGCUAAAAUAUUUCAAAUAUCCUACAGGGUCCCCAUGAUAUGGCUCGAUGUCUUCCAAGUAUUCUUUGUAUUCCUCGUCAUUUCGCAGCAUUCUCUCCACAGCUAG